GCGCGGUGGCGGUCACAUGAUCUCCACGGAUGACCUGGAGUACCCACGCGAGUACCGGAGCCUGGGCAAUGGCGCGCGCCGCUUCUCCAACGUGGGCCUCGUGCACACGUCCGAGCACCGGCACACGGUGAUGGCCGCCCAGAGCCUGGAGGCGCUCAGCAACCUGCACAAAGCCGAGCUGGAGCGCAAACGCGACGCCUUCAUGGACCACCUGAAGAACAAGUAUCCGCCUCAGCACUCGCUCCCUCCAUCGCCGUCUCCAUCCCACGGCAGCAUGAGGGGAAGUUCAGAGAGGAGCGCACGCGAACAGCAACAGCCAAACUACUGGAGUUUUAAGAGCCGUAGUCCACGCCAUUCCCAGUCCACUCAGUCUGGUUUGGCUGAUCAGGCAUCCAAAUUGUCCUACGCCUCGGCUGAGUCUCUGGAGACCAUGUCUGAGGCCGACAUGCCGCUCGGCUUCAAUCGCAUGAACCGCUUCCGUCAGAGCCUUCCGCUGUCCCGUUCUGCCAGCCAGAACAAACUGCGCUCUCCAGGAGUGCUGUUCCUGCAGUUUGGCGAUGAGACAAGGCGCGUCCACAUCACCCAUGAGUUGAGCAGUAUGGAGACUCUACACGCGCUCAUUGUGCACAUGUUCCCCCAGAAGCUAACAGCUAGCAUGCUCAAGUCUCCCAACACAGCCAUCCUGAUCAAGGAUGAGGCACGUAACGUCUUCUACGAGCUGGAGGACGUCCGGGACAUUCAGGACCGCAGCAUCAUUAAGAUCUACCGCAAGGAGCCAGUCUAUGGUUCCUACACGGCGGCUGCACACCUGGCCAACGGAGACCUGCGGAGAGAGAUGGUGUAUGCUUCACGCGAGUCAUCUCCCACUCGCCGUCUGAAUACCCUGCCCUCCUCAGGCUCCUCCCCUUCCUCCGCCUCUCCUGCCCGUUCCCGUCUUUCCUACAGCGGUGGUCGUCCUCCUUCAUUCUCCGGCUCUCAGCACGGACACCACGGACACCAUGGAUCUCCGGCUCACGGGCAAGGAGGGGGCAUGACUGCGUCACCAUCAGCCAUCCUCGAGCGCCGAGACGUCAAACCUGACGAGGAAGUCGCCGCCAAGAAUGCGCUCCUGAAGAACGAGAGCCUCUACGCGGACCCGUACAGCCUGGUGCCUGAUGGACAUCGUCUAAGCAUCACGUCCAUGGGCGAACCGCUGGGCAUGCCAGGGCCGGGCGGGCUCUACCGUCGCGGCUCUGUGCGCUCUCUGAGCACGUAUUCGGCCGUGGCGCUGCAGGGCGACCUGGAUGACUCGCUCUAUAAGCCGGGCGCACCGCUCUACCCUGACACAUACUCCGCUUUGGGCACGGGCUUCAGGCUGUCGACUUCAUCCUCUCCUCAGAAGAUGUCCGACUCGUACUCGGGGACGUUGAGCCGCGGUUCGCCUGUCAGGCAGAGCUUCAGGAAGGACUCAUCCUCGUCUGUGUUUGUGGAUAGCCCUAAAUCUAGGCCCAGCUCAAGUUCCGAGCCACUGGGUGGCGAGACGGGGAGGGUGAUUUCUGCCUUCGGGAAUGAGACUGACACACGCAGGGAUCGUAUGGAGGCCAUGGAGAAGCAGAUAGCGAGUCUCACAGGCUUGGUGCAGAGUGUCCUCACCAGAGCACCGGACAGCGACAGCACCGAGAAGACGGAGUCCACCAGCGACGGCUCGGCCACGGGAACUCUGACCCCGUCGGCUCCGCUGGCCCUCAUGCCUCCUCCUCCUGCGAGCCCACACACCUCCACCGUGUCCAAACUCCAGAUGCAGCUCCACCUACACGAGCUCAAGCAGAAUGCCACUGACCUGCGCAAGCAGCUCGCCCAGCUCCGGAAGAUGCAGCUGCAGAAUCAGGAAUCGGUGCGCUCUCUGGUGAAGCGGACGGAGGCGGAGCUGAGUGUGCGCGUGUGUGAUGCUCUGAGGAAGCAGGAGGAUCCUCUCCAGAGACAGCGCCUCCUGGUGGAGGAAGAGAGACUCAAAUACCUCAACGAGGAGGAGCUCAUCAUCCAGCAGCUGCAUGAUUUGGAGAAGUCGGUGGAGGAGAUCCAGAAGGAGAACUCAGUGAACCACAGACACAUCACAGUGCAGGAGCUGGAGGAGAAGAGCAUGGUGCUGAGGAGACUGGGAGAGACCCUCACUGAGCUCAAGAAUCAGUUCCCUGGGCUGCAGAGUAAAAUGCGUGUGGUGUUGAGGGUGGAGGUGGAGGCUGUAAAGUUCCUGAAGGAGGAGCCACACAGACUGGACGCUCUGCUCAAACGCUGCAAAACCAUCACGGAUAUACUCACCAUGCUCAAGAGGCAGGUGAACGAGGGCGUGAGGAAGAACAUGGAGGAGUACUCCAACCCCUCACCCAAACACACCACCGGAGACGACUACAGGAAGAACGCUGACUUUGACAUUCCCACUAGCCCACCGCUCAACCUCAACGAGACCAGCCUGGCUAACUGGAGCCCUCAUGGCCACACCCAUCCCCAUGGCAACCCAUCACCAGGACAGUUGAAGGGGCGGGGCCUGGAGGAGCUGGGGGGCCGGGGAGGGGCUGAUAAGGUGUCCUCUGUGGAAGUCAGACUGGCAGCUGAAAGGGACUGGGAGGAGAAGCGAGCCAGUCUAACCCAGUACAGCGCUCAGGACAUUAACCGACUUCUUGAGGAAACCCAGGCCGAGCUCAUGAAGGCCAUCCCGGAUCUGGACUAUGCUGCUAAACAGAUCAAACCAGUUCAGAACCAAAACCAGAACCAGAACCAGAACCAAUGCGAGUCUCUGUCUAGCACCAACGCCACACCUGAGCACAAACCCAACAAACCUCAGCAUCCCACACACAAGGUCUCAAGCAAGGAAGGCGGCUCCAGGCGGGGAUCGGACGAGCUCACGGUGGCGAGGUAUCGCACGGAGAAACCGUCCAAAUCGCCCCCACCUCCGCCUCCCCGAAGGAGCUUCCCCACCUCACCAGGCCUCACAACACGCAGCGGAGAGGUGAUCGCCUCCACCAAGAGCAUGAAGAAAUCAGAAUCCGAGGAAACAGAGAUUCAGAAACCCCACGUGAAGUUGAGGAGGAGUGUCUCCGAAGCUCCCCGGCCUGCCUCCACGCCCCCGACAGUGGCAGGCGGAGAGCGAGAGGACGGAGAAGUGGAGCAGACAGCUGCAGAACUGGAGCAGUUCACCUUGUUGCAGGGAAGUCUUCACCAACCCAAACCUGACACACAGCCUCCGGACAAGACUUCCUGUUCGUCCGUCCCUCAGAUCGUCCUGACCGGGUGUCCUACUUCGUCGUCCGAUAUCUCCACGAAAGGAACCCCGACGCAGGUUUCCAACUCGGCACAACGAGACACGAGCACGGGAAGUCUUAGUUACAGCAGCUGCAUCGUCAAGAGUCCACGUCUGUCGCUGUGGAAACGGGAGCCAUCAACCACGAAUCGGACGCCAUGUCAGAUCCCGGAUUUAAACAGGACGAUAAAGGAGCUCCAGGAAGGCACGAUUCAUUCAGGCGAACCGUCUUCGUCUUCACCGUCACCUUCACCUUUAGCAGCAAAGAAGCCAGCGAGAUUAGCGAAAACCGAGCUGAGGAUCCAGGAAUCCUUUGAGAUCGAUGAUGAGAAGGUAAUAGAUGAUGGAGAAGAGGAUCGAUCCCAGAUCCAGGAGCGCAAAGAGGACAUUAGACAGACCACGUAUCGGCGCCUGGACAAUCUGGAGGAGACCAUCCGCGAGCUGGAGCUCAGCCUUCUUGAUUUUGGGACUCCGGCCAUCCCGACCUGGCCUCAAGGUAUUCCGGAUACGAAUUCCAAGAUGUCGGCCAGCACAGCUCCUCCACCUCUAUCGACAAUAAAGAGCUCAGGAAGAGGAGAGAUUCGGAGACCUCCUGUUCCACCUAAACCAUCCAUAAAUACCGAUGCAGCCAAGAGUGGCGGUGGGAAGGCGAUAUCUCGCCUAAAGCACCUCCAACAGAGCGGCUUGGACAAGAGCAAGGUGGGCAAACAGAGAGAAGACUUCCUCAAGAGCCAGGGACACCAGCAGUGAGAAGAAACACUACUUGACACUCACCCCACCUCCCUCUCCUCUUCCUCCUCGUCAUCAUCCUCCUUGGAGUCUCCUCGGCCUUGUACACAUCUCUCAGUCUCCCAUUCCUAGAUGUGUACACACGUGAGAAAAAUAGGAACCCCGACCGAAACCCUACCCAGACCCUCCAUGAGCAUGUGGGGUCGAUUUGCUUAAAAUGGAUGACCAAGAAAGACUUCCACAAUCAAACGUAUUCACUUCAUAAAGAAUAGUAUACAUCCUCCUUAUUUUCUUCUCUCUUUCUGUCUUCUCUGCUCACCACUUUCCCACCUUGCUGCCCCUAGACGGAGUUGUUUCUGCCCCCCAGCACCCGGGCUGCUAGCUUCUCUGGCCGUCUGCCCUCUGGGUUCUGUAAUAACCACCAGGAGGAUCCGUUUUCCUCUUCUGGCCAGACCAAAGCCCUCCUGGCCACGCUCUCAACUGAGGCCCUGCUGCUUGCCACCACCCUCAGGCAUCGCCGGCUCCUCCGAGAACAGAGCACCAAUUCUUCAAAACCUCCCCCUUCACUCUCCACCGACCACUCUUCACCCUCUUCAAGCUCCUCUUCCUCGGCCUCAACCCCUUCUCCUGUGUCCGCCGGCUCAUCCCAUGACCCAAACCUCUUGAUUGGCGACAGUACAACAAACAAGAAGAAAGGAAAUGAUGUCAUGCCCCAGUUUGUUCCAGCUGCCAACACUGAGUGAGGUACUGGGAUGAGAACGAACCUCCAUGCAAAAGAUAUGCACGUCAAGGUGAGAGAACAACAAAGACGGCUUGUAUUUAUAGAGUUUGAAAACUUCUUCAUCAUGUAGAAUCUCCUCCUCCAUCUUGGCUGAACCCUCGAGGAGCCUGGAGGAAUGAUAAAGGCUACAGCCCACACACACACAGCCUACCAUCUCUCAUUCGUUAUGGGUUUAUUCUUCUCCCAUCUGGAUCCUCCAGAAACCCGACAGUACUGCCAGUUUCCCUCAGAAAGCCCACAGAUGGGUUUGGAUGCCCUCCACGUUCCAGCCUGACGCUCAGUCACGUCGACGAGCCAGCAAAAUACCACCCGGACGAGGCCAGAGAAAGGACUCUCUACCCCAAACACAGUCAUCCAUCUGCCAAAUAUCACCUUUCACAGACCUAAUGGUGUCUGGUAGAUUUUUAUCAAGUGUAAUUAGCUAGACUGUAAACCUGCGUGAUUGAAGGUAGAGUUGCAAUAAUCCUAAAGUGAGUACAGUAGUAGUCAAUGUGUGUUCAGAUUUAUAUCCUCUUAAUAUUUAAAACAGGAUAAUGUGAGGGGAAAACAACUAAACAAACCUGUAUAAUCAACAUUUUUACUUCCGGGAUGGUUUCUCUGGGUACGAACAGAACGGAUCAUGUACUGCCCUCGGAGCAACGACGAUACCCGAUGAGAUACUUCUAGGGGUGUGUCUUUUUAACUUUAGUCGAAGGAAGAUAAUUGUAGGGGAACAUUUAUGAAAGUACUUCAUUACACCGUAAGGACCGCCGGUCUAAUUUUGCGUUAUUGGGUAGCUUGGUGAACACAAACGACUGAAACUGGUGCUAUCGUCUUUUUAAACUGAUGGGAAUACCAAUACGAAGAGGAAAACCGUGUAUGAUUCAAAAUCCAUAGUCCUUGUUAUGUCCACACAGAGUAUAUGGUUAAUCUGUUAUAUUUCUUCAAACUUGGCACAAAGUUAUAAAUUGGUAACUGGCACACUUAUAUAGCACUUUUAUCCAAAGCGUUUUACACUGUGUCUCAUUCACCCAUGGUAGCAGAGCUGCCACGCAAGACGCUAACUUGCCAUCGGGAGCGAUUCGGGGCUCAGCGUCUCACCCAAGGACACUUCGGUAUGUGGAGUCACGUGGGCAGGGAAUCGAACCGCCGACCCUACGAUGAGUGGACGACCCGCUCUACCACCUGAGCCACAGCCGCCCCGAGUUACAAGUGCGACAGACGGAUUGCGGGAUGUAGGAGGACGCUCGCUAUUUACAGACGUUGAGAAAGUAGCAGUUGGCUAAAUCGCCUAAGGAGAGCUUGUCUGAGGGUCCAAAGGUUAUUUAAGGCACAUUAAUGCACGAUGGAGGUCUAGACGCUCCAGAAAAGCACAAGUCUAAAGAGCCUGAAAGGAAGGAUCUUCUCAACCAUUACAUUUUAUUUAAUUUUUUUCAAAUCAUAAAGUACAAUGAUCGAGUCUGACAAUCAGCACUAGAUUGGCACACUUUGUUUGACCCUUGGGCACUGCCACAACGCACAGCUCUGUUCUAUAAAACCAUGCAGAAAAGCAGAUGGGAGGAUCGGUGUAGUGUUUGGAGAACUACAGGGAACAACUAUAGAUCGUUCAAACGGGCCAGAAAUAUAAGACACCGGGAGUGAAGCUCAUGUUCCGGCAAUUUCGUCUGAGCUGGGUCGAAACGGGUCUCACGCGAGAUAAGAAUCGGACCCAGUCGGUCCGUUAGGACGACUUUUAGCUGCUUUGAAUCGCAUCAAUAUGGUACUCCAUCAUCCAAGGGAGGAUUGGUGUAGUGUUUGGAGAACUUGCAUGUCGAAUGGGUUGAGGGGGUGAUGGGGCGGGGUUUGGGCGGGCAGGCCAUUUUGGUAGGAGGUUGGUCCGUUCAGUCCGUUAGGACAACUUUUAGCUGCUCGUAAUCUCAUGACUGAGUAACGCAUAAGCUAAUAGCACACGUGUCAUAGACACGGUCUUGCUUUCAGAGAAAUUAAUAAUAUUUUUAUUUAUUUUUUAUUUUUAAAAGGAGAGUAUUAAGAGAAUACGGAUUUUCUUUCUACUUGUUUGACAGAACAAGUGCUGGAAAUGGAUUUGUCUCGGCGUGAAGAUGAAAAACAAUGGCCUGAGAGCAGGGCCCGUGAGAGCAGCAGGCUGCCGGAGGAGAGAUUAGCACACGUGCUUGCGUUUUUUUUUUUUUUUUGGUUUUUUUUUUAAAUGAAGAAUUCAGUGCAAAGUGUCAGCUUUGGAAGGAUUUCUGUUCCACAAGGGAAAUCAACUUAAUUACAGGAAACAAAUCUGGCUCUUCUGGCUUCAGCUCAGCCUGGCAGUCGGCAAAUGCCGAAAGAGAAAUAAAAAGCUCUGCUCGCUGCAGCAGAUUUGUCUUACUGUGUGCAGCUUUGUUCUUGAGAGCGAGAGAGAGAGAGCGCGAGAAAGAAAAAGACAGAGAGAGAGAACUCUUGAUUCGUGUCCUUUAGAGAGGCUGACAGGAUGAGUUGAACGAAUUGCCUGACUGGCAUUUGGCUUUUAUGGCAUCUUUAAACGCAAGGCACUGGAUGAUUUGUGCUUCAUCACUGCUUCGUUUUUUUUGACACGUCUUGAAGAGAGAAAAAAAAAAAAAACGCCAAAGAUAUCAACCUUUUCCAUAUGGAAAUCAGAACAUCAAGAGAGAAACAGGGUUCAUUUUGGGGGUUUUUGUUUUGCGUUGAAUGUGUAUGCCUUUCGUUUAUCAGGUUUGUACGAAGCACCUCUGACGUUCUCACUGGCGUCAAAUCCUUAACCAGAAUGUCCACAGAAGAAGAAUGAUGGAAACGGCACCGGCGCCGCCUGGAAGAGAACGUUGGCCUCGAGCCAAUUCGGUUCAUUUACGUAGUAGCGAUCGCAGUCCGAGCCACAGAACCUCACACUUGCAGCUUGCCUACUUCUACUGUACAAGUGUAGCUCUGGCCAUUCCAUCCGUCUCCUCCAUACCCACUUUCUAUAUCCACGGAUUAAAGUGUAGAGCUAAAUGAGGUGGUGUUAGCAUUAAAUAUAAACCAUGGAGAGCUGAAGGAGGUAACAAAGUCCCAAAGUCGAAUAUCAAUGAAUAGACAAUGAAUAAACCCAUG